AUGGGUAACGGAAAUACCAGAGGAUAUAUCCGUUACCAGGAAUACCAGAGGAUAUACCCGUUACCCAAAAUACCCAAAAAAUAUACCCGUUACCCAGAAUACCACAAAAUAUACCCGUUACCCAAAAUACCCAAAAAAUAUACCCGUACCCAGAAUACCAGAGGAUAUACCCUACCAGAAUACCCAAAAAUAUACCGUACCCAAAUACCCACAGAAUAUACCCGUUACCCAGAAUACCAUAAGGAUAUAUCCGUUACCAGGAAUACCCAAGAAUAUACCCGUUACCCAAAAUACCCCAAAAAUAUACCCGUUACCCAGAAUACCAGAGGAUAUACCCGUUACCCAAAAUACCCCAAAAAUAUACCCGUUACCCAGAAUACCAGAGGAUAUACCCGUUACCCAGAAUACCCCAAAAAUAUACCCGUUACCCAAAAUACCCCAAAAAUAUACCCGUUACCCAAAAUACCCCAAAAAUAUACCCGUUACCCAAAAUACCCAAAAAAUAUACCCGUUACCCAGAAUACCAGAGGAUAUACCCGUUACCCAGAAUACCCCAAAAAUAUACCCGUUACCCAGAAUACCAGAGGAUAUACCCGUUACCCAAAAUACCCCAAAAAUAUACCCGUUACCAGAAUACCAGAGGAUAUACCC